CAAGAACUGCAGACACUAUUCAGGGAACCAAAAAAAUGCCCCUUACCACAUAUACAAAGUAUACUUUCAUGACCUUGAAAGCGGAGAUGCUCUCAAGUCAUUUUCGGAAGUCCAAGUCAAGUUUCAAGUCUUUGAUGCUGAAGGAUGAGUUCAUCUUUCUACCAACCAUUACAUCACUGUCUGUAACACCAGCCAAUCUGAGUUCAGAACUGCUUCGAAAGUUUUAGUUUGGUAGCACAGGAUAGGCCAACUGGACCUACAGGUAACAUUCAGACGAAGAAUUUAGCUCAGAGAAUUUAUAUCGACUGUGCGUCAUUCACACCCAAAUGUCAAAAAACCUCCUGCCGGAUAACCUGAUUCUCCAAAGUGAAGCAGCAGUAUUAGUUGGAGGAAUUAUAGAGGACAUCAUGAGAGAGACUAAUAUGGAAAAAAUCCAAAACACCACUCAUGGAUCUGGCUGUUUUGAACACUGCACGCCUCCGGAACAGCCGACCUCUGCUGUGCUCAGUCGCCUCCUGAGAUUUGGAGCUGUGGCUCUUAUUGUCGGCGCUGUGUUGAUGUUGUGUGCAUCCAUGGCUGCUCUCUACCUGUGGAAAGUCAGCGAUAAAAAUGUUUACAAUGUUCGCUACAGCAUGAACAUCAAUGGGGAGGUGAGGCCGGGCGCCGUGGAAAUCGAUUCAGACAACAACCUAGAGAGAUUUAAAACUGGGAGUGGAGCUGAGGAAGCUGUGGAGAUUCAUGACUUUCAAAUAGGAAUAACCGGAAUCCGCUUCUUCGGAGGAGGAAAGUGCUACAUAAAAUCCCAAAUCAAAGCCAGCCUUCCACACAUGGGAGUUCACAAGAAAGAGUCGCUGAUGUUUGACCUGACAGAUGAAGUCAUUCCAGUGAGGUUUGACGAGGAGUUCCUCGUAUGGGUUGCUGCGGAGCAGCCGCUGAAGGACACCAGCUUUCUGAGCAACAAGAUCCUGGAUCUUUGUGGGGAACUUCCCAUUUACUGGCUCCAACCUAUCUAUCCUAAAGAUGGGGAGAGGAGAAAGAGAGACGCACGGCGAGCCAAGCGGCAGUUUAACAUGGAGGAGUUGGAGGCAGCUGCUGGGGAGAGGAACCCGGUGAGUCACGAAGAAGAUGACACCUCCAGAGUUGCGGUGGAAGAGGAGGAGGAGGAGGAGGGGGCGCAGUCUGCUGCGGGGUCAGCAUACAAUCCCGAAAACCCCUAUCAUCGCAGCGGAGGGGCCGGAGAGGAAGGCGCCAUGACCUUUGACACCAUGUUAGACCACCAGGGGAUCUGCUGCUCCGAGUGCCGACGUGGCUACACUCACUGUCAGAGAAUAUGCGAGCCUCUGCGUGGAUACUGGCCCUGGCCUUACAACCACAGAGGGUGCCAGGUGGCUUGCCGAGUCAUUAUGCCCUGUCGCUGGUGGGUGGCACGCAUUUUAGGUAUUGUGUAAGAAAACACGCUAGUGAGAGAACAUCUCCUGUUUUUUUUUUGUUUUUUACAAAGACCCCCAGGUCUCUAAACUUUAAGCUUAUACAGAUAUGCAUGAAGAUAUUUAUUUUCUGAAUUUGACUGUAAAUACUGCCAGAAAGCUAUAUGCCUGUUAGCAUGAAAUGCAGAUCAUGAUGUAUGAUUAUCUAUACUGAAAUACCUACACAUUUGUAUCCAGACCAGGGGCCUAGGGGUCCCCUAAUGAGAAUGUAAUAUAGAGUCAAGGGCUUAGGUUUCUUUUCAACAAAUUAAGCGGGGAUCUGGGGGAAAAUUUGGGCGUCAACUGUUCAUUUCCUGCAUUCUGGUGAAUUUAUAUGUACCAAUUUCUGCCUUUUCUGCAUUGAGUUAUGGUGGAAAUUACUUUAUUUAUGUAAAGGAAAAUACAAAAUUCAGGUGACAAUUUAAUUCAUUGGAUCCACAAGAGUCUCGGCUUUCCAGUCAUACCCAAUUUAUGCAAUUCCAAGACUGUUUAGGGACCCCAGUAUGCAGAAUUGUUAGAAUAGGUGAAAAUAACACAUUUAUACAAA